UCAGAACACCGGACUGCUCGGUGGGACGGGCCGACUCUGCAAAUGGCUACGAGGAGCAAUUUGUCGAUUUGUUCUUCGUUAAUCUCCUUUCGUGCGGCUCGGAAGAAAGCGUACGCCCGCUCUGUAUAGGAGGCUGCUCAAAGGUUUCAAUGUCAUAGCACUGAGUGACGCCGACAACGCAGGAUUAUCCAAAACAAACCUCACCUCAUCGUUUCAAGAAUUUGACUGAAGUCAUUGGAAAGGAGUGAACUAAUCGUAGAAGACACGCCAGUAUUGCACCCACACCCCUUCACCGGGGCUAUGGAGGAGGAGGGGCAGCAGAGUCUGGAGUGCAUCCAAGCCAAUCAGAUCUUCCCUUGGAAGCCCCCCGUCCUGGAGGAAGAGGAUCUGCAGGUGCCUUUCCCAGAGCUGCAUGGAGAAUGUACGAAGUACGUGGGCCGGGCGGAGGAUGCUGUCAUCGCAAUGUCCAGCUACCGUCUGCACAUCAAGUUCAAGGAGUCAGUCGUUAAUAGUUGUUUGUGUGAGGUCUCAGUUCCCCUGCAGCUGAUUGAAAGUGUGGAAUGUCGGGACAUGUUCCAACUGCUCAUCACCUGUAAAGAUUGCAAAGUCGUCAGGUGUCAGUUUUACACAUUUGAGCAGUGUCAGGAGUGGUUGAAGAGACUUAGCGCUGCGGUCCGUCCUCCCUCUCGGAUAGAAGAGCUCUUCUCCUUUGCUUUCCAUGCGUGGUGUGUGGAUCUGUAUACGGGAGAGAAGGAACAUCAUGGAGAUCUGUGCAGGCCAGGUGAUCAUGUAAUCUCACGUUUCCAUAACGAGGUGGAGCGGAUGGGCUUUGACACUCAGAAUGCGUGGAGAGUCACUGAGAUCAACAACAAGCACAGGCUGUGUUCCAGCUACCCUCAGCUGCUGCUGGUGCCAGCUUGGAUUACUGAUAAAGAGCUGGAGAAUGUGGCCGCCUUCCGUUCCUGGAAGAGGAUUCCGGCGGUGGUUUACAGGCACCAGAGCACAGGGGCCGUGAUCGCUCGCUGUGGUCAGCCUGAGGUCAGCUGGUGGGGCUGGAGGAACGCUGAUGAUGAGCACCUGGUACAGUCCAUCGCCAGAGCCUGUGCUGUGGACAGCAGCUCCCGUAAAGGCAUCCCCAACGGCGCUCUCUCCCAUGAGUACACUAACGGAGCUGACCUCUCUGAUGUUGACUUUGACUCAUCCAUGACUAACAGCUCAGAGGUGGAGUCACUGGCCAUCCAACCUCGUAAACUUCUUAUUCUGGACGCCAGGUCUUACGCUGCUGCCGUGGCCAACAGAGCUAAAGGAGGAGGCUGUGAAUGCCCAGAGUACUACCCUAACUGUGAGGUAGUGUUCAUGGGCAUGGCCAACAUCCAUUCCAUCCGCAAGAGUUUCCAGUCGCUACGCUUCCUCUGCACGCAGAUGCCUGAUCCAGCCAACUGGCUUUCUGCUCUGGAGAGCACCAAGUGGCUGCAGCAUCAGUCCCUGCUGCUGAAGGCAUCUCUUCUCGUCGUGAACGCAGUGGACCGCGAUCACAGGCCCGUCCUGGUGCACUGCUCAGAUGGCUGGGACCGCACCCCUCAGAUAGUGGCACUGGCCAAACUCAUGCUGGACCCUUGCUAUCGCACCAUUGAGGGUUUUCAGGUGCUGGUUGAGACCGAGUGGUUGGACUUCGGUCACAAGUUCGCAGACCGUUGCGGUCACGGAGAGAACGCGGAGGACUUGAAUGAGCGCUGUCCUGUCUUCCUGCAGUGGUUAGACUGUGUGCACCAACUCCAAAGGCAGUUCCCAUGCUCGUUUGAGUUUAAUGAAGCCUUUCUGGUGAAGUUAGUACAGCACACAUACUCGUGUCUUUUCGGAACAUUUCUAUGUAACAGUGGAAAGGAGAGAGAGGACAGACACAUCCAGGAACGGACAUGUUCCGUGUGGUCUCUCCUUAGAACUGCCAACCGCUCCUUCAGCAACAUGCUCUACUCCGUACAUUCAGAAACUGUGCUUCACCCUGUGUGUCACGUACGGAAUCUCAUGUUAUGGACGGCGGUUUACCUGCCCUGCUCUUCACCCACAACCCCUUCAGAUGACUCGUGUGCACCCUACCCGGCACCUGGUGCCAACCCUGAGGACCAGCCCCUGGGCAGGCGUCCCAAGACCCGAUCAUUCGAUAACCUACCCAGUGCUUGUGAAGUCGGAAACCCAUUAACUUCGAAUCGGCGUUCCAGCGACCCGAGUUUAAAUGAGAAAUGGCAGGACCCCCGUAGGUCUCUGGAACUCAACAUCGGGAAUGGGCCUGAUGGUGCUGUAUCUUCAGAUCCAGAGGGGAGGGUCAAUGGGCAAACGGGGUCAGGGCUUAUGGGAACAUUGCCCAAUGGGUGCACAGAGGAAAGGGAUGGGUUUGGGCAUGUCAGUUUGCCGAUGAUGGAGGGGGUUGACGAGGCGGAGCUAUCCUUGACAGUGGGUGUGGCUAUGGGCCAGAUGGAAAACAUUCUCCAGGAAGCAACGAAGGAAGAGUCCACACCAGAUAUCCGCAGAGAUGCUAAACCAGACCACAAUAAUUAUACCUCUGCUCCAAAUUUUGAAAGUAACAAAACUGCACAUUCCGCAGUGAUUGAAAGCAACGGCAUUAGUGGUAAAAUUGAGAUGCCGCUUACUGUAAAUGCCCAUGAGAUCAAAGCUGAAAACCUCAGAGACAGAGAGGUCAAUGGACAUUUUUCGGAGAAUGGUAGUUCUGAAGAGUCCUCUGCUCUCAGCCAGGGUACCUCUGGAAGCCAAGACUCUGAGGAACUAGACGAGGAAGCCCUUGAGAAAUGUGCCCAACAGGAACCUAACCCCUCCCAUAAAAUGCUUAAUUUCACUCCCAAUGGCCUCCAAACUCUCAGUUAUGGUUAUGGAGUUGAGAAACCACCAGGGCAGGGUCAGACGUCUAUCCUUGCCCCAGAGACAAGGUCUGAGUCUCUUGAACAAGCCGAGAAACGCCUUUCCCUCUUGGAGAGUUCCACAGAGACGCUAACAGAGGACUUGGGUGUUCAACUUAAGAGUUUCGGACCCUUGAUUAUUCCACCACCUCUUAAAACCCUUGCUGUAUCAUCGUGCCUCAAACAGGGUCUUAAAGCUGACCCUCAAGGCACUCCCAGAACUUUAAACAACACCCCAAAACGGCCGUCUCUCAGUGCCUUUCCACACUCUACUGAUCUCCUCCACCUGUUGUGUAAUGGAGAGUCCCCAGAACCAGAGCCCACAACUCCGCAGUGGGCACGCACAAAUGGGGAACGAGACACGCUUAGCCGACAGGUGUCACUGGCUAGUUGUGGCUCACCGAAUCUCCAUGCACGGGGCAACUGCUCCCACCAUCGCUGCCUGCACUUAGGUUUUCUGGGCCGGCCGAGCUUCAGCCCUCCAGAGCCCCCCUCAUCCCGGAGCCACCUGGACGAUGAUGGGUUGACCCUUCACACUGACGCCGUGCAACAGCGUCUGAGGCAAAUCGAGGCAGGUCACCAGCUGGAGGUGGAAGCUUUAAAGAGGCAGGUACAGGAGCUCUGGAGUCGCCUGGAGAGCCAACAGGCCACUGGGAUGCUGCGACUCAACGGAGACAUCGGAGAUGAAGAGACCUCAAUCACAGAUUCUGACUUUAACCUGGAACCGAACUGUCUGUCACGCUGCAGUACUGAACUCUUCUCGGAGGCCAGCUGGGAGCAGGUGGACAAACAGGACACUGAGGUGACUCGGUGGUACCCGGACCACCUGGCUGCCCAGUGCUACGGCUGUGAAAGAGGGUUCUGGCUGGCCACUAGAAAGCACCACUGCAGAGGCAAGGAGCGUAUGGAAGAGGUUUGGAAUUGUGGGAAUGUGUUCUGUGCCAGCUGUUGCGAUCAGACGAUCCCGGUGCCAAGCCAGCAGUUGUUCGAGCCCACUCGGGUGUGUAACUCGUGUUUCGGCAGCCUUCAGGCCCCAGUGUCGGCUCUGGACAUAGAGCUGGAUAAACCCAUCACAGCCAGCUCCAACUAAACCCAGAAUCAGGUCAAAGUGCCUGCACACGUAUAACUGCUGGAGGACCUGCGGGACGCGUUGAAGAAGGUCCAGAGACUGUUUUAAUGGGGCGUAGUUGCUUAAUUGUAUUUUCCCACCCGAAAGGGAAUUGUGUAUAUAUGGAACGGAGUGGAACAGGCAGAAAGUCAUCCGGAGAGGAUGCUUAGCACUUUCAGUUGGCAUAUGGGGACUGCUAAACGUAUUUUUGCGAAGGCAGAGUGCGAUUUGUGACGGCAUUAAAUGCUUCUUUUUCUCAAACGGCCAGCGGACGGUGCUCUUCUGCUGUUUGUUAUCAAGAGCCUCAUUUGAGUAGGAUUUCCUUCAUCAUCUCGCAAACAUUAGAUUUUCAUCGAUGUUCUUGGGAAAGGUGCUUAUGGGACGGGACCGCUAGAUCUGCAAUUUUCAACUCAUAACAAUAAGUACUUUGUGUCUUUCCUUGAGAAGGGGAGUAGAAAUGUGCUUUUACCUUGACUUUUUCUUCUGUUUUAGAGGUUAGCAGUCCAUUUUUGGGGUCGAUUCUGGAUGCCACACAGUGUUAAAACUCUUGGGGUGGUUUUAUGCACCUGAUAUCCAGAUGAAGUACAGACCAUCAGACCCCAGACACAGGCCUUGGAUGUGCUUGAAUAGAAGAACCCAUUAUCUUCUACCAUUGGCUUUAUAGUGACAGGAAGUGAUGUUAGCAUGGACUACUAGAGGGCACUGUUGACUUGCUGAUCUGCCGUAUCUGCUGGUAUCUCACUAAUCCUUUUUUUGUAACAUAAAUUCGAGGCAAAUGAGAUAAUAUAGUAGAAUGAUGCAAGAAUGAGACAUAUAGCAUUUAAGAUGAGAAAUUGUAUAGAACUCUUAAAUAGUGGCUCACUAAAUUAGUCACCAAUUAUAAGUCACCUUUGUUUUCCCCAGUUGUAGAUAUUCUGGGUUUGUAUGUUUUGUUUUUUUCUUCCUCAUUUUACGUCUAGCAAUCGAUGAAAAGAUGAAUUUAAGUGACGCUGUGUGGAGAGAGCUAUUGUUUUGGAAUGCUGCGGUUGGGCCCCGCAAUUCUUUUAUUUAUUAUCAAGUUUAUUUUUGAUUAUUAUUUUAUGUUCAAUCCUGAAAUUGAUAUGCCACCGGAUAAUCAGUGUUGAUCAGUGUUCGCUGCCUUUCACUGAAAACAACCCCCCACCUUCCACAAACAAAUACCAAAAAAACACGUUCACUCUCAUACAUGCAUCUUUAAACCUCUUAUUUGAGAAAUGACGCACAAAUCACAAUCAAAAUCAUUUUUGAUUCCUCUUUACGUUUUAUUUACUUUUUGGAGGUCAUUCUGUCAAUUCCCUCAGGCAAUGGAUCUGAAUGGAAUACUUGGACAUUAAAUUAGCACUUAUUUACUCACCCUAAUGUGGUUCCAAAAUGGUUCGCCAUAACAUUUUUUCUGUGGAACACAAAAGGACCAUUUUGAAGAAUCUUCACGCUGCUGUUUUCUGUACAGCUGCUCAUAGUGAUCACGACAUAGACAAAGUAGUCCUUACACGGCUCGUGCGCUUAUAUAAAAGCUUUGUGUGAUUAGCGACUGAAACUUUAGCCUGAUCCUCACACAUUGCGAUUGUUUUAGCUUAAGGAAGACUUGCAAUACAGUACACAAGUGGUAUGGAUUGCUUUUAGGGUUUUUUUCGUCCUUGUUGGGGCUUGACAAACGUGGUCACCAUGAACUGUCUAAAGGAAAACAAGCUGCUGAUUCAUUUAAAAAUGUCCUUUGUGUUACAGCAUACAGGUCUGGAACAACAAUGUGAGUAAUGACUGAAUUAUCAUAUUUUGGGUGAAUAUUCACUUACUGUCAGCAUUCUUAAGUGGUGACACCAGUCUUGAAAUUCCAGAGGUUUUGGAUUUAUUACCGCAUCGAUGGCUUUUGCAUUAACGCCAAUCCAUGAAUGUGAAAUUAUUUUAAUUUUUUUUUUUCAGAAAUAAAAUUCCAUGGUUUAUAUUUUUCACAUUGGCAACCAUCUGAAAUAACUGAAAUAAAAGUUGCAAACUUCUAUACGAAUAAAACAAAGUGGAAUACCAACCUUAAAGGCUUCUUGAGUCGUUCAUCCGUGAUCGAAGCGCACGUGUCCACUAGCAAAGAACAAAAUUGACACACAAUUCGCCACUUUGGGGGUGUGUCCAUAAAACGAGCAGCUUGUCGUUGUCUUUAGUAUGAGCUAUGAUUUGCUUUCAAUAAAUAGAUGAUGAGUGUUAGACCAAGAUAUAGCGGUCUAAUGCCAACCAUGUUAAAAUAAAAGGAUACAUUAUAAAUGUGAAUCUAUUUACUGAUUAUCAUCGUCCCAUGUGUGUCAAACAUGUCAAGUGAUCCAAACAUCAUCUGCAGCCUGAAACUGAACUUUUGGUUGAAAUUUAGGAGUGAACUCACUUAACUGCAUACUGCAUAGAAUGCUCCCUUGCUCCCUAUUUAGUGAAUGACUUAACCUCCUGUGUGCUGUCUGUCUGCACUGUUCUCAGAACAGUUAGAAAUGCACCUUAUUUUCAUCCUAACUCCAUGUUCCAGCUUUUGGAUGCAUCCAUUGAUUCUCAAUGAAAAUUAGCCUAUAGUCCACAUACGUGGUCAUUGUGUUUAACAGAGUGCCGUUUCACAAUAUAUCGAUUACAUUUUAAAAAUGGCAUAUCGGAUGAAAGUAGAGACUAUAAUCUUUUGACUCAAACAGGUUUUAAUGUAAAAACAUAAUGCGUUUUCUUACCAGAUGUAGUUUUGUUGCAGAUUAUCCCAAAGACAAACUCCGCUGUGAUCAGCACUAUGUUGUUUUGUCACAUGACUGGUGAGUUUAACCCUUUAAUGACAGCACAGUUUCCUGAACUGAGGUCAGUCAGUUUAAAUGAAAUGGCAUUAUGCAUAGCCUGUAGCGAAGCCAAUACGUAAUGUUUACA